ACCUGUCGGGAGGCGGGCAGUGCCAAUCUACAGGCUGCAAAGUCUCCUCUUGGAAACGCGGGAGGAAAAAUCCUGAGCAUGCACAAGGUGCAGAGCAUGAACCUCUUUGUGCAAAAGAGGUGCCUUUGCCUGGCCUUCCUACUCCAUCUCCUGGGUCAGGUCUCUGCGACUCAGCGCUGCCCUUCACCGUGCCCACGCCAGUGCCCCGAGACGCCUCCGACCUGCGCCCCGGGGGUGCGCGCGGUGCUGGACGGUUGCUCCUGCUGUCUAGUGUGCGCCCGCCAGCGCGGAGAGAGCUGCUCUGAGCUGAAGCCUUGCGAUCAGAGCAGCGGACUGUAUUGCGACCGUAGCGCCGACCCCAGCAACCAGACUGGCAUCUGCAUGGUGCUAGAAGGAGACAACUGUGUGUUCGAUGGGGUAAUUUACCGCAGCGGAGAGAAGUUUGAGCCAAACUGCCAAUACCACUGCACCUGUAGAGACGGACAGAUUGGCUGUGUGCCCCGGUGUCAGCUGGAUGUGCUACUGCCUGGUCCUGACUGCCCAGCUCCCAGAAAAGUUGCUGUGCCUGGAGAGUGCUGUGAAAAGUGGACCUGUGGCCCCAAUGAGAAGGGGACAUUGGGAGGCCUUGCCCUUCCAGCCUACAGGCCAGAAGCCACCGUAGGAGUUGAAGUCUCCGACUCGAGCAUCAACUGCAUUGAGCAGACCACAGAGUGGAGUGCAUGUUCCAAGAGCUGUGGAAUGGGUCUUUCCACCAGGGUCACCAACAGGAAUCGUCAGUGUGAGAUGGUGAAGCAGUCUCGGCUCUGCAUGGUGCGGCCCUGUGAACAAGAGCCUGAGCAACCAACAGAUAAGAAAGGAAAAAAAUGUCUCCGCACCAAGAAAUCACUCAAAGCCAUCCACCUGCAGUUCAAGAACUGCACCAGCCUGCACACCUAUAAGCCCAGGUUCUGUGGAGUCUGCAGCGAUGGCCGAUGCUGCACACCCCACAACACCAAAACCAUCCAGGUGGAGUUCCAGUGCUCUCCAGGGCAAAUCAUCAAGAAACCAGUCAUGGUCAUCGGAACCUGUACCUGUCACACCAACUGUCCUCAGAACAAUGAGGCCUUCCUCCAGGAGCUGGAGCUGAAGACCAGCAGAGGGGAAAUGUAAUGUGGCCCUCAAGAAGCCCACCUGCAGAGGCAAACUGUAGCUGCUGCAUGACCUGUCAUCAAAUGAGUAUAAGAAAAACAAUGAAGAACCAUUACUGCAUCCUUGAGUCCUAUGUAUUUUUCUGUGAUAAUAUGAGGUCAUUUAUGUCUGUCUUUUAUAAUGAAAAUAUUUCAGCUGUAAACUUGGAAUCAAGGUAAGCUCAGGAUAUGGCUUAGGGAUGACUUUCCUGUGAUGUUUAUUACAAAUGCAAAUUUAUAUCAAUUUAAGUCAGAUACCUGAUUUACUUUAUAGACUAUACCAUGUUCAUUCAUUUUACAUUGUUGUGUGCACUCGUGCAAUUCCUAGAAAAUGCCACUGUAGUGAAUGACAUAGUGAAUCGAGGCUCAUACUGAACAUGCUGUCGUACAAGUAUUUCACCAUAUGUUGAAGUUUGACUUCAGGGUUCUCUAUUGGGCUCCCUUUUGGGAUAGGGCAACUCUGCACUUCCAAGCCCAAGAGCCAAGGAAAACUUCAACUCUUCAAAGUGAAGUCAGAGAUUCUUAAUUUCCUAUUUAACUGUACACUAAAAAGCAUGCUGUUAUCUACAGUAAUGAACUGUUUGUUAAUGAAGUGGACUGGUGUCAUGAACUUUCUCCAUUUCCAACAAAUUGACUCCUUUCUGUUUGAAAGAAGCUAAACAGAAAACUCCCAAUAUAGAGAUGACUGAGCCUCAGCAGCCUUCAUACAUUUGCCUCCUGGAGGCUGCUGAGGCUCAAUAACUUUUUUUAGAAUUCAGCAGAGAUGGAGGAGACCAGCAGGGAACCUCUCAUCAGUAAGUAAACUGAGGCAACUCAUUCCCAAAGCACUUGAUUACAACCUCUGAUGAUUUUCAAAUGUCCUUUCAGGAACUUUGAAAAAGAACAAAAUCAAUGCAACUCUGUUGGUGAGAAACCACAGAUUUUAUGAGAGUUCACAGUUAUUAUUGACAUGCCCAACACACAUCAUUGGGUCAUAAUUAUUAAAACUUAUAAACAAGAUACAUGUGUAUAUAUACAUGCACCUAAUAGGUCAGGUUUAAUGAGACAGGCUUCAAAAUUAAAUCUUUAUACAUUUCUCUAAUGUCACCAUAUGCGUUCCACUCUUCUCCUUUAAAAUAUUUAUAAAAAUGUAAAUUAUAGAUUUUUGUAAAGUGUUCUUUUUCACUUCUCUACUUUUCAGACAUGACUAAAAGUACAUGUUAUUGG